ACCGGACUAUAAGGCUUACAAAAAUAUAAAAUGAUAUAUGUAUCUCUUUAGUUCUUAUAAGAGAUCAAGCGAACUAUUGAUCAUGACUACAUUUAAAAAUAUAACUUUCUAUUUUAAAAAAAAUAUAGAAUAAAUAUGUCUCUGCUGAUAAUAGAUUGCUUUUCCUACGAAAUUUCUUAACCUAAAACAGUGAGUUGCUCAACCCAUUGGUAGUUGACAGUUGAAUUAACAGUACCCUCACGCACUCUGGCGGUGGUAUAUAUGUGCCAGCGGGCCAUCCACUCUUCAGUCUUCUACUGUCUUCGACUAGAGCAUCAUCAUCAACAUGAACUCCUACACUCUGAUCCUGGCCGCCGCCGCUUGCAUCGCCUCCGCCUCCGCUAAGCCCAGCGGCUUCCUGCCCGCCCCACUGGUCGCCGCUCCAGUCGCCGCCCCCUUGGCUUACCCCGCCCCCGUCGUGGCCAGCCGCACCGCCCAGGUCGUCCAGACCAACUUCAACACCCUGGCCGCUCCUUACUACGCCGCCCCAGCAGUAGCUGCUCCAGUCCUGGCAGCCAGGUACGCCUACGCAGCUCCAGCAGUCGCCGCUCCAGUGGCCGCAAGGUACGCCUUCCCCGCUCCAGCAGUAGCUGCUCCAGUAGUGGCCGCCCCCGCCAGGCUUGCUGCCCCGGCAGUCGCUGCUCCAGUGCCCGCUGCCUUCGCCGCACCGGCAGUCGCCCCCGCUCUACCCGCUCCCUUCCCAUACUAUAUAUAAACUCCAUUAAGUAAUGCCCUUUUUGCAGGCAUUAAAAUUAUAAAAUAAUAAAAAAAAGUAUAUAAAAUGAACAAUUCUUCUCAUUUGAUACCCUAGAAC